GUCCCUCCACCGCUUAGAACAAUGUCCCAGUCGAAGCCCCUAGAUGAGACUUGCCAGGCUAUUCCCACGUCCAUCAAGGCUACGAAGUACAUCCCGCGCUUCAUAUCCCGAAGGCGUACAGGAGCCGCUGCGCAUGCGCAUGCGCAGGCCGCCGCCGCCUCUUCAUCGCACGCGAAUAGACCUCGCUGCCAUCGAUUUUGGCGACUGUGUUACUGGCUCUAGAUCAAAUCUGCAGCCAACUACUCCCCACCGAACCCACGCGCCACUAAUUUGUCCGAACCUGCCCACCCGCGAACACUGCAGCCAGCCGCUAAGCCUUGCACUACCCAGCGCCGGGAGGAGCACUGGGAUUUCUGCAUCCUGCAUUGUCGCAUUUGACAAGAUCACCAUCCUGCUUGACGUCGUGAGCAAUCGCAGGCUUAGCGGGCCCGGCCGACCCGACAAAGUAACCCUUUCACGUCCCGGAAUUGCCGCCCGCAAGCACACAACCGUCCAUCCGACAAAGCCUAACGGUCAUAGAAUCCGCAGCGCAGCCCAAUCCGUUUAAGGCCUCUUCCCGUUGGUUCGUGUUUGUAGCCGUCUUGGGUUAUCUCCAAAAUUGCAGGUUCCUGCCGGGCGUUUGAUCGGGUCUCACAACCAAGCUCGGGCGCCUAACAUACCGUGCAGCUGCGGCUCCAAGGCUGCGACCCCAAGGCUGAGGCUCCC